AUGCCAGAGUGGACGCGGCACAGCAGCGGUGACGUGUGCGCCCGCACCUCUGAAACGAUGGAAGGCGUCGACUUGGUGAAGGGAAAGAAGUGGCCGCAGUCAAUGUCGUCCACCUCGACCAAGUUGCAAACUCCUCAUCAUGUCCUUGAUACCCAUCAGGAACUUUAUCAAGCGUAUCUCAACAAAAUUAUUCAAUCCGCACAGAAGUCACACGGUGAGCAGCUUCUGAAAUUUGAAGGAGAGAAGGGCGCGAGUAUCAAUUUCAAGUUGCUGCUUGAACACGCAAUGGCAGGCAUGAAGCAAGAUCGAGAGGCCUUCACCACCGAGGAGUUUGAUGAGGCGAUCAGAGGCUGCAAAGUCAAAUCGCCAAUCGUUGGCACUCCGAACAUGCCGUCGAUGCCGAAAAUGGUCGCAUCACGUGAUUGCAAAGCCCAGAGGCCGCCCGGUCUGGCCGCCACCCACCCUUCAUCCUAUACGCAGCAGAUCCAACAUGCACAGAAAACAAUACCUUUCUCACCGGCUCCGAAGAAGAUCAAGCUGGAGCCUGGAAUCAAGUCAGAGCCGAAGCCCGAGCCUACGCCUAGAAAACCUCAGCCUUUUUGGGAGCAGAUACAUGACCCAAAAUAUCUCACGUCACGUGAAACGCUCGACAAUCCGAUGUACAGGCAUCUGAGCUCAGACACCAUGCCUGACGAGCCCAAAGUCAUCUCCCCGACAUUCAUGAUUGCGCUGCCCCUUGGCACGCUGAUCGAAGGUGCCAACUACUGGUCGACCAAGGAUCAACAGCCGAGGGACCCCCCAAACGCAUAA